CUGCUGCCUGGUUCUGCAAUGUGCUUGUCUAGUAUAGAAGAAGUCACAGACAUACAGCGGAUCCUAGUUUGUUGGCAUCUUUCAGUGUAGUCUUAGGGAAUACUCAGCUAUACUAACCCUCGGCCUAUACUACCUUUAAUGAAUAUUUUUAAAAACUUUACUCAUUGUCGAUAAAGAUCGUUCAGUACCAUGGACAGCCCUGCUUCAAUGUACUGAAGAAAACAAUAACAAAGAAGACAAUAAGCUCUGCAACUAUAAAGUAAACGAAAAGGCUGUCAAGCGGAGGAAAGAGAUGACUGAGGAAACUGGUAUUAUUUCAUCACUGACAACGGUUUGAAAUAACAGACUUAGUGGAAAGCUGAAUCAGCAACAAACUGGACUCUAAUUACAAAACUCACGUGGUAAAGCUUGACUUUUCACUAUCGGCAAGUACUAUGGAAUGAAAUGAAGCCCAGAAUGGAUGGCUAGAUGGGCAAGUUGAAAAAGGAGCUGCAUUAUGUUCAGAAAGUUACACUCAAUAUUUCGCCCCAACUCUCGCAGGAGGAGUCUGUCUGAUGGGAUCCCUACUUAUGAUGGCUCUGCUGUCCGGUUGAUUCGUAGCACCUCUAUGUACGUUCUCGGAGGUGAGGAUAAUUCAUUCAGUGAGCCCCUUAAAAAAAGCAAAAGUACUACCAGCAUAGACUCAGUUGCUUGCCUUCAACAGAAGGAAGAAGAAAGGGCGUGGAUGUAUUCCAAGACCCAAGACUGUCUGCAGUACUUGCAAGAUCUGUUAGCCUUGAGGAAAAAAUACUUUGAAAGCAUCAAAGACUUGAAGACCAGUGACCACACAUCAGAAAUUUCCACUACGUCUACAAAAUCUUCCAAGACAAAAAAAAAGCCACCAGCCCCACCUCCUCCUGUGCAAUCUUUCAAGGUCUCGGCAGAGAGAAAAGUCUCACCACUCAAUUCAGAUGUAACCGAGGCAAUCGCUUAUUUUGACUCAAUUAUUGCAGAGCUGGAUGCUGAAAGGCAUCGGAAAAUUAUUGUGAGGGAUCAUCCACAUGUGGAUGUAGAUUUUGAUGUUAUUACGAGCUCAAAAGAACACAGCUUACAUUCCAAUUGGAUUCUUCGUGCCCCUCGGAGACAUUCCCAAGAUGCUGUCCAAGGAGCAAAGACAGCAAGCCAAUCAGAAAGAAGCAGCCAAGGAAGAACAGUCACCUCCAGAAAGAAAUUGCAACGAUAUCCAAUCUAUCUACCUAAAGCUGUGGAAGGAGCAUUCAAUACUUUGAAAUUUAAACCAAAAAUGUGCCUAAAAGAACAGCUCUAGUAUGCAAAUAUUUAAGGGUCUUCUGUACAACCAGGGUCUUUUUGUGCAAUACAUCUGCAGUAGUUAUUGGUUUGAAUUGAUAAGUACAGCUUACAGUUUUGCGCUUGAAAUUUCACUUCAGUAUGGGGAUAUGAUAACAUUUUCCAAGCACAAUGUUUUGUAGGUUGUGAAACCUGACACUUCUCCCAAUUGAAUGUUUAUUUAAAUAAAAAAUGUGGCAGCACAAGUA